CGACAAACAAGCUAUUCUAGACCAGAUCAAGCAGCAGGGUGAAAUUGUAAGAACACUGAAGACGGAAAAGGCAGAGAAGGACAAGACCUACUAAAGCCUGACUUGCUGACACGGUUUUCUUUCAUCUCUAUGUCUAAAACGUGUCCCCUCCCUGUGGCUGUCUGGAAUCUGGAUACAACAACAACUGUCUGGUCACUUGACGACGGGACUUGCUUUGCUUUUUGAUUGGAAAAAACUGAUUUCUAAUUGGGAACCCAACAUGGCACUGACGUGGACCAAACUUGUAUUUCUGCAUCGCCUUGGAUACCAACAUUUACGCUGCACCGCCACUCAACGGCAUAUGUGUCAUACUUCGAAUGACCAGAUUACAGAAGAAGUCGCAAAGCUUCUUGCGCUGAAAGCUCAAAUUGGAGAUGAGGGCAAGUCAAAAAAAUUUGUCCUCAAGACGCCCAAGGGAGCAAGGGACUACAACCCAAAACAAAUGGCCAUAAGGGAGGGUGUCUUCAAGACGAUUGUAGAGUGCUUCAAACGCCAUGGAGCUGAGACUAUUGACACUCCUGUCUUUGAGCUCAAGGAUACACUGACAGGAAAAUACGGAGAAGACUCCAAGCUCAUCUACGAUUUGAAGGACCAAGGAGGGGAGAUGCUAUCACUGCGAUAUGAUUUGACCGUACCAUUUGCGCGGUACUUGGCAAUGAAUAAGGUCAACAAAAUCAAGCGUUAUCACAUUGCCAAGGUGUAUCGUCGUGACAACCCUGCUAUGACACGAGGCCGUUACAGGGAGUUCUACCAGUGUGAUUUCGAUAUUGCUGGCCAGUAUGACUUAAUGAUCCCAGAUGCAGAGUGUAUUAAGAUUGUGCACGAGAUACUGACUAACUUGGGGUUGGGCGACUUUGUCAUCAAGGUCAACCACAGACAGAUAUUAGAUGGGAUGUUUGAGGUCUGCGGCGUGCCUGCUGAGAAGUUCCGCACUAUAUGCUCAUCCGUCGACAAAUUAGACAAGACAUUUUGGGAAGACGUCCGUGCCGAAAUGAUCGACGAAAAGGGUCUGGACCCAGUGGCUGCUGAUAAGAUCGGCAAGUUUGUUCAGAUGAAGGGUGGUCCAGAACUGAUUGAUCAGCUACUCAAGGACUCCCCCUUGACUGGAAGUAAAGCCGCACUCGAGGGACUUGAGGCCAUGAAGUUACUCCUCAAGUAUUGCGACAUCUUUGGAAUUCGAGACAAGGUGUCAUUUGAUCUUAGCUUAGCGAGGGGUUUGGACUACUACACUGGAAUCAUCUAUGAGGCCGUAUUGAAAGGUGCGGAGACCCUACCCACCAAGACUGGGGAACAGGUGGGUGUUGGCUCAGUAGCAGGAGGUGGGCGGUAUGACGGCCUGGUUGGCAUGUUUGAUCCUAAGGGUAAACAGGUGCCAUGUGUCGGUGUUAGCAUAGGUAUUGAGAGAGUGUUCUCUAUCAUGGAGGCCAAGGCCAACGCCAUGAAGAUAAGAACCACUGAGACGGAGGUACUGGUAGCGUCUGCUCAAAAUGGCAUGCUGGAAGAGAGACUAAAGCUCUGUAAGGAACUGUGGGAUGCUGGAAUUAAGGCAGAGGUAGCAUACAAGAAGAAUCCAAAGAUGCUGAAUCAGUAUCAGACGGCAGAGACUUCAGGCAUCCCAAUCAUUGCUGCCAUAGGGGACGCAGAGUUAAAGAACGGCACGGUCACAAUACGAGACACCGAAACAAGAAAAGAGGAGCAGGUAUCUCGAGCAGACGUUAUAUCCGUUAUUAAAGAUCGAUGUAAAUUAUCUGCGACGUGUUAGGCAUCAAUUUAUCUUCAUCAAGCUAAGGAGAUGUUAAUAACUUCUUCAUCAUAGUCAGAAACUAUGUCAUUGUCAACAUCCAUAAGAAUUUAGGAACAUAGGCCUUUUAAACCAUACCUUUCUUAAAGGCACUUGACGCUAUUGGUAAUUACUAAAAAUAGUUGUUAGCAUAAAAACUUACUUGGUAACGAGC